UUGCAAUACCAAGAUUGGAUGAAAAUGACUAGGUGGCCUAGCGCCUGCCCGCUCCCGCGCAUGCUCCCUGACUUCACCAGGGUCAUGCCGCAGCCCGCAGGAAUAAAAAUCCACUUCUCCGCAUUUUGGAGGUCACCUGGUAGCGGUUCAAACGCUUUGGCUUCUCAGAGAGGAGAGGACGGGGCGAUCACGAGGAGCCGAGGGGAGAAGGCUGCUCGCAAAGCCCGGAAAAGCUUUCCCGAUCCACUUUGCGGGCCUCCGGGCGCCUCCAGACAUGCGCAGUAGCCUCCCCAGCGGUGGCGGCGGUGGUGGCGGCGCUGGUGGAGGCUGAGUGUCCAGAGCCGGACGUUCCGGCCGCUUCGGGCUGGCCGCUGGAGAGCGCCCGGGUCAUGUCGGCCCAGGGGGACUGCGAGUUCCUGGUGCAGCGAGCCCGGGAGUUGGUGCCGCAAGACCUGUGGGCAGCCAAGGCGUGGCUGAUCACGGCCCGCAGCCUCUACCCGACAGACUUUAACAUUCAGUAUGAGAUGUACACCAUCGAGCGGAAUGCAGAGCGGACCGCCACCGCCGGGAGGCUGCUGUACGACAUGUUUGUGAGUUUCCCAGACCAGCCGGUGGUGUGGAGAGAAAUCAGCAUUAUUACAUCAGCCUUAAGGAAUGAUUCACAGGACAAACAAACCCAAUUUUUAAGAAGUUUGUUUGAAACUCUUCCUGGCCGGGUCCAGUGUGAAAUGUUACUAAAGGUCACGGAACAAUGCUUCAACACGUUAGAACGAUCAGAAAUGUUGCUUCUACUUUUGAGGCGCUUCCCUGAAACGGUGGUGCAGCAUGGGGUUGGCCUUGGGGAGGCACUAUUAGAGGCUGAAACUAUUGAAGAACAAGAAUCUCCUGUGAACUGCUUUAGAAAAUUAUUUGUUUGUGAUGUCCUUCCUCUAAUAAUUAACAACCAUGAUGUUCGAUUGCCUGCUAAUUUAUUAUAUAAGUACUUGAACAAAGCAGCUGAAUUUUAUAUCAAUUAUGUCACUAGGUCUACUCAAACAGAAAAUCAGCAUCAAGGUGCCCAGGAUACAUCUGAUUUAAUGUCACCUAGCAAACGUAGCUCUCAGAAGUACAUAAUAGAAGGGCUGACGGAAAAAUCAUCCCAGAUUGUGGACCCUUGGGAGAGGUUGUUUAAGAUUUUGAAUGUUGUUGGAAUGAGAUGUGAAUGGCAAAUGGAUAAAGGAAGACGAAGCUAUGGAGAAAUUUUGCAUAGAAUGAAGGAUCUCUGCAGAUACAUGAAUAACUUCGAUAGUGAAGCACAUGCAAAAUAUAAAAACCAAGUAGUAUAUUCCACCAUGUUGGUCUUCUUUAAGAAUGCGUUCCAGUAUGUCAACAGCAUACAGCCGUCUCUCUUCCAAGGUCCUAAUGCCCCAAACCAAGUUCCGCUUGUUCUUCUUGAAGAUGUAUCGAACGUGUAUGGUGAUGUAGAAAUUGACCGUAACAAACACAUCCAUAAAAAAAGGAAACUAGCUGAAGGAAGAGAAAAAACCAUGAGUUCAGACGAUGAAGACUGUUCAGCAAAAGGAAGAAAUCGUCACAUUGUUGUUAAUAAAGCUGAACUCGCUAACUCCGUUGAAGUGUUAGAAAGCUUUAAAUGGGCCAGGGAGAGCUGGGAGUUGCUGUAUUCCCUAGAAUUCCUUGACAAAGAAUUUACAAGAAUUUGUUUGGCCUGGAAGACGGAUACUUGGCUUUGGUUAAGAAUCUUCCUCACUGAUAUGAUCAUCUAUCAGGGUCAAUAUAAAAAAGCAAUAGCCAGCCUGCAUCACUUAGCAGCUCUCCAGGGAUCCAUUUCUCAGCCACCAAUCACAGGGCAGGGGACCCUGGAGCAUCAGAGGGCGCUCAUCCAGCUGGCGACGUGCCACUUUGCAUUAGGGGAGUACAGAAUGACAUGUGAGAAAGUCCUCGAUUUGAUGUGCUACAUGGUACUCCCCAUUCAAGAUGGAGGCAAAUCCCAGGAGGAACCCACAAAAAUAAAGCCUAAAUUUAGAAAAGGUUUGGAUCUGAAGCUCCUGCCUUGUACCAGCAAGGCUAUCAUGCCAUACUGCCUGCAUUUAAUGUUAGCCUGUUUUAAGCUUAGAGCUUUCACAGACAACAGAGACGACAUGGCACUGGGGCAUGUGAUUGUGUUGCUUCAGCAAGAGUGGCCACGGGGCGAGAACCUUUUCCUGAAAGCUGUCAAUAAAAUUUGCCAACAAGGAAAUUUCCAAUAUGAGAAUUUUUUCAAUUACGUUACAAAUAUUGAUAUGCUGGAGGAAUUUGCCUACUUGAGAACGCAGGAAGGUGGGAAAAUUCAUCUGGAAUUACUACCCAAUCAAGGAAUGCUGAUCAAAAUUCCGCACAGCCAUGGGUCCCGGACUCUUAUUUUCCCCUCAUCUGUUCUCAAUACGUUUUUGAAAUUCAAACUCACCUUUUUUUUUUUUUUUUUUAAAUCAAAAACUUUGCCAGACCCUUUAAUCCUCUUGGAAAGUCCUCUCCAGUGGGGCUGCAGUCCUGUUAAAGGUGGCUACCAGACAUCACCAGGCUGAAUGCUGGGACUGGUACACCAUGAGAAAAGUGGAAAGUAAAGAGGCUGGCUUUGAAAAUGUGUCUUCUCAAAGGCUGCCCCUGCCCCCUAUUGCCAUUCAGCUACAUUCCAUCGUCCUCUUCCUCCCUGGCCACUUUUUAUACCACAUCACAAGGGGGCUGAGCUCUGGGACCAGGAACUGAGACGACUCUGGACAUGCACCAGCAGCAGCAGGUGCAGUGAGGGCUGGCUAGCUUCUCCCCAGUCUCCUUAAACACCCAGCCGUGGCCAGGGGCUUGUUGAGGUUAACAAGUUUCUGUUUAGUCUGCUUCCAGUCUUGUGUAUUUUCUCUGGAGUGUUGUUUUUGCAGUGCAGGGUGAGUCGGUGUGGGUGUUUGAAUGCUGCUGUUUGCUGUUUU